GUUGCUAUUUUAUUUCAGAUGAAAGUCAGACUUUUACUUUGAAAUCUGUUUCCUGCCAGCUGUUGGAGUAUGAUGAUGUCAAUGAUACGGCUGAGCCGACCUCUGACCUUUUCCCGCCGUACGAGCUGAAGAACUUCACCUGGUCUAGUCUCAACCUGUCUAGUCCGAGCGCUCUGCUCUGCGGCGUCGCCUCCGCCUCCGCCUCGGGGUCUCUCUGCCUGCAGCUGACAGUGUUUGAGUCAGAGGGGCGUGGUCAGUCCUGGCCCCGCCUCCUGCACACGGCUAACUCCUCCCAGGUGGGGGUGUGGCUCGACGGCAUGUUGCCGCGGGCGACGCGAUCCAGGUUCCUAUUGGAGCUGCAAGCGGUGGGCGGGGCUUCUCCUCCAGACCGGGUGGAGAUCCAUCGAUCUCUCGACGACGAGUUCACGCCCUCGAUAUUCAAGGUGUCUCAGUGGGUGUCCUCCGUGAACGGCAGCUCAGAGGUUCUGGGGUUCCUUCAGUGGAAGCCCGUGGCGUACCGCCAGGCCGACCCGGCUCUGGAGGACGCCAUGCCAUGCCGUCACUCGGAGCCGCGGCCUCAGAGCGGUGAGGUGACGGCAGCGGAGUCCGGUCUGAUCCGAGCGUUCUACGAGGAACCAAAAACAUUCGGACUCAACCUGAGCUUCGGUCUGGCAGGAGGACCGUUUUACAACAGCACGCGGUUCCUCCGCUGGACGGUGUUGGUGGGUUCCGGUUCUCCUCCCGUCGACUCGUUCUCCCCGCUGGUUCUCACCAUCAUGGCGGUUGGUCUGGGAACACCGAUGGUCCUCCUGCUACUGGGCGGAGUCUACGUCUGUGUCCGUAAGAGGACGUCGGCCACCGCGACGGCCUACGAGCCAAUCAACUGAUGUUCAGGGCAUCGUCGAGGUGACGGACUCUUUUU